CGCAAGGUUCAAUUCUUCGACAACCCAACCCGACCACCAACUUCCAACAACUUUGGGAAUUCCUCUCUUCAACUCUCGUCAAGAUGUCUACCGCCGAACUCGCCAGCGCCUACGCCGCUCUCAUCCUUGCCGACGAUGGCAUCGAGAUCACUGCCGACAAGUUGAACACCCUCAUCAAGGCCGCCAACGUCCCUGAAGUCGAACCCAUCUGGGCCACCCUUUUCGCAAAGGCUCUCGAGGGCAAGGACGUCAAGGAGAUGCUCACCAACGUCGGUUCAGGUGGUGGCGCCGCUGCUGCCGCGCCUGCUGCUGGUGGUGCUGCCGCCGGCGGUGCCGCCGAGGCCGCCGCCCCUGCUGAGGAAGCCAAGGAAGAAGAAAAGGAAGAGUCCGACGAGGACAUGGGAUUCGGUCUCUUCGACUAAGCGCGCUUCGGUUUUUACGUACUGCCCUCUCUAUUCUCCACGACUAUUCCGAGACAAGACAAAAAGAAAAGAAUCCUCCAUACAAACCACUCUUGCAGUCAAUGCACAACCUUUCCUGCCUUGUGUCUCCAAAAACGCUGGACUACUUGUCUCGUCUCUUUCUCGUGAGGGAGGGGGGACACGUUUUCUGCAUCUCAAGUCCAAGGACAAUUUGAACAUUUGUGGAUAUCCAAAAUGAGCAGACAAGAACUCGAGAAGAACGGUCCGGGACGAGCAAGGGCAUGCUAAGACUCAUGCGGACUUACACUCGAGCCAGAAAUCAUCUUUUGAGCAAUUGAUCCACAAUGUCAAUAACUCAUUGAAAGAAA